CAGCUUUGACUUUCAACCCAGUUUCGUUGGCCGCUCCUAUAUAAAAUAAACCCCGAUGCAAUGCAACUCUUUCAUCUCAUCAACUCAUAUCUCUCUACCCGAAACCCUAUCGCUUCUCCUCAUCAUCAUCGUCCUUCAGACUUGAGCACGUAGCCGUAUAACAAUAAUGGCCACCUUCCACUAUUUCCUGCUGCUACUCCUCGUCAGCAGUGUCGCUAUUAACCAGUCCCAAGCUCAACUGUCCACAAACUUCUACGCCAGCUCCUGCCCCAACGCACUCUCCACAAUACGAACCUCCAUAAGGACGGGCAUCGCCAGGGAGAGAAGAAUGGCGGCCUCCCUACUCCGUCUCCACUUCCACGACUGCUUCGUCCAGGGCUGCGACGCCUCCAUACUCCUCGACCAAUCCCCAACCAUCACCACCGAGAAAACCGCCCCACCGAACGACAAGUCCGCCAGGGGCUACGAACUCAUCGACUCCGCCAAAGCCCAACUCGAGAGGGUCUGCCCCGGCGUCGUUUCGUGCGCCGACGUUCUGGCCGUCGCGGCGAAAGAAGCCUCCGCCUACGUGGGAGGCCCCUCGUGGGACGUGAAGCUCGGGAGGAGAGAUUCCAACGCGGCAUUUCCUGACGUGGCGCUGACCGACCUCCCGUUCUUCAAGGCCGACCUCCAGACUCUGAUCGAUAACUUCGGGGCGAAAGGGCUGAGCCCAAGAGACAUGGUCGCGCUGUCCGGGGCCCAUACUCUGGGCCAGGCCCAAUGCUUCACUUUUAGAGACAGGAUCUAUAGCAACGGCACGGAGGAUAUCGACGCUGGAUUCGCUAGCACACGGAGGCGCCGAUGCCCGGCGGUGGGAGGGGACGAUGCGCUGGCGCCGUUGGAUUUGGUGACGCCGAAUUCGUUUGAUAAUAAUUACUUCAGGGAUCUUGUGCAGAGGAAAGGGCUCCUUGUGUCUGACCAGGUUCUGUAUAGCGGUGGCUCCACCAAUAGCAUUGUGGAGGAGUAUAGUCGGAGUCCUUCGAGGUUUAGUGCUGACUUCGCUGCCGCCAUGGUCAGGAUGGGUGAUAUUCAGCCCCUCACUGGCUCUGCUGGCCAGAUCAGGAGGAUUUGUGGCGCCGUCAACUAAGAUAUUUGAUAGCGAUAUACAUUGGGGUUUUUUUUAUAAUGUUCUUAUUGGUUCCAAUUAAUGAUUUAUUGAUUC